CCUCCUCCUCUACAUCGCCACUUUCCAACUUCCACAUACCCCCACAACCUCGUUAUUGUAGGGCUGCUUCCUCAAUAACAUAGUCAAAAACAAAAAAAGAAAACAACCCCUUUUUUGUAGUCUUGAAAGCCUUGAAGGUUGUGGGAAUGGCUUCUUUUACUAGAGCCUCUCUAUUGGUGCAACUACUGCGCCUAGCUCUGCUCUCAUUACUGUGCAUCUCUUGCUAUGCAUUCACCACCAAAGACUACUCCGAAGCUCUCGAGAAGUCGAUCCUCUUCUUCGAGGGGCAGCGGUCGGGGAAACUGCCGCCGACCCAGCGGCUCACGUGGAGGGGCAACUCCGGAUUGUCCGACGGCUCGUCAUAUCAUGUGGACUUGGUAGGAGGGUACUAUGAUGCUGGAGACAACGUCAAGUUUGGACUUCCGAUGGCCUUCACCACCACCUUGCUCGCUUGGAGCGUGAUAGAGUUUGGCAGUUCGAUGCCGAGCCAGAUCGAGAACGCCCGAGCCGCAGUACGUUGGAGUGCCGAUUAUCUGUUGAAAGCAGCAACUGCUACUCCAGGAACCUUAUAUGUCCAAGUUGGAGAUGCUAACAAUGACCACAAGUGCUGGGAGAGGCCGGAAGACAUGGACACUGCACGGACCGUCUACAAGGUGUCAACUCAAAACCCAGGAUCCGACGUGGCAGCUGAAACGGCCGCGGCUCUAGCUGCGUCUUCAAUAGUGUUCAAAGAUUCCGACCCCUCUUAUUCGAGCAGAUUGCUUCAAACCGCUAUGAAGGUUUUCGACUUUGCGGACAAGUACAGAGGUUCCUACAGCGACUCUCUCAAUUCAGUUGUCUGCCCAUUUUAUUGCUCUUAUUCAGGAUACCAGGAUGAGUUGCUGUGGGGUGCUUCAUGGAUCCAUAGAGCUUCACAGGACAGCUCAUACUUGGCAUACAUACAGUCCAAUGGCCACACUUUGGGUGCCGACGACGACGACUACUCAUUCAGUUGGGACGACAAGAGGGCCGGAACCAAAAUCCUCCUCUCUAAGGGAUUUUUGGAGAAGAACUCGGAAGAAUUUCAACUGUACAAAGCGCAUUCGGACAACUACAUAUGCUCUCUGAUCCCCGGAACGUCUGGCUUCCAGGCUCAGUACACUCCAGGAGGACUUCUCUACAAGGGGAGCGCGAGCAACCUCCAGUACGUCACAUCCACUUCCUUACUCCUCCUGACCUACGCCAAGUACCUCAGUGCAAACGGCGUCGCCGUCUCGUGUGGGACCACCACCGUCACGGCCGAGACCCUCAUCACACAGGCCAGGAAGCAAGUGGACUACAUCCUAGGGGACAACCCUGCGAGGACUUCGUACAUGGUCGGGUUUGGUGACAGGUACCCCCUGCACGUGCACCACAGGGGAUCGUCCCUCCCUUCCGUGGGCUCACACCCUAGCCGCAUCUCGUGCAGCGAUGGGUUCCAGUAUCUUUACUCAGGGUCGCCCAACCCGAAUGUGCUCGUCGGGGCCAUCAUUGGAGGCCCGGACAGCAACGAUCAUUUCGCCGACGACAGGAACAACUACCAGCAGUCCGAACCCGCCACUUAUAUCAACGCGCCAUUUGUCGGUGCGCUCGCUUUCUUCUCUGGCAAAGCAGCUUAGGGACACUGAAAUGAAACCCACCUUGCUUUGCCUUCUAGGAAGAGUUGAAGUAACAUGUUGUGUCAGUGCAAAGAAGGGUAGAGGUGUGAGUGUUUCCAUGAGAAUUUGCAGGAUCUCUAUGCUAUAAUCAAGAAGAGAUUCUACUUUA